AAGCUAGGAGGGGGAAAAAGGCAUGGAAUUAGAAGACCGGAUGUUGACAAAUUUCCUGUCACAUUUCUCAGAAGGUCGUUCUUUCUAGUGAGAGAGAGAGAGAGAGAGAGGAGAUUUUCUUCUCGCUGUAAGUAACGAUUCUUCCCCCAAUCUGAUGAAAAUCUCAAGCCUCUUGUCAUUGGAAAUAUUCCAUUAAUUUCAACUCCUUCGGCGUUUGUUAUAGUCUUCUUCGACAUCUUCCCUUUUUCUUCCUUCUUCGGAGCUUUGAAGAAGCGGACUUCUUUGAUCUCCAUGGAAGGAGGGCUUCGGGCUUUUGGGUUCUUCUUCUUUCCGGUCAUGGUCGUGAUGAAGAAUCCGCGGCAGCGGGCUUCGUUUGCAGUGAGAGGAUGCAGGUUGAGGUAAUCGUAUUGGUAACACAAUGGUUGGAAUGCUUGUGCCAUUGUUUCAAUUGCUGAACUUAAAUGUCUCAUCUUGUUCUCCUUCCAGUUGCAAAUUCUAAUUUGGGCUACUGCAGAAACAUCUGAAUUGCGUUCCACAAAGCUGUGCUUCUGUUUGGAUGUUUUGCUUCAGAUUAUGCAGGAUGCAAACUAGUUGCACUGACAGAAUCUAAUAGGAAAACUCUGCAGGUUGAUUUUUCGUUCUUGACAGGAAAUUUGUUCAAAAAAUGAAUUGCAAGAGUUACAUUCCAGAAUACUAUACAAUGAGAGGCCUUAACGACACAGGAAACAGUUGGCCUUUAUUCUAUGACGAUAAGUUGUUGAAUGGUCAUCUUCACAAUGGUUGCAUGUUUACUUCAUUGAACGGGUAUUCUGAAUAUGACAAAGAAAUGCUCAAACGGACAAUGCUUGAACAUGAGGCCACUUUCAGAAAACAGGUCUAUGAGCUUCAUCGCCUUUAUAGAAUUCAGAAGGACCUGAUGGAGGAGUUCCAGAAAAAUGGCUUAUACAGAUUUUCCUCAUGGUCAGUCAAGUCAAAGACUAGUUUAUCUUCAUCAGAGGCUCAAUCUCAAGUUACAGGAAGGAUGUGGCAAAUUUAUCAACAGCCUGCCUUGAGCAGUAGCCAGAGUAGGGAAACAACUACAGUCACUAAUACAAAUGUUUCUCCCAUUAGUACUCAUCAGUCUUGUUUUGGUACACUAGAAAAUGGACCUAUGGGAAGAGAUGGCGAAGUAAAUGCCAGCUUUAGAGCGUCUACUAAUAGGAUGUUUGAUCUGCAAGCCCCAGCUGAUGUAUAUAUCGAGGCUGAAGGCUCCGAAAGAUCAGAGAAGGAAGAGAUUAUUGAUUUUUCAUCACUAACUGCAACACCUUAUUCGAGGAAAUGCAAUGGAGGUCCUGAGAAGGAAGUAAAGCUUACUUUAGCAAAUGUUAGCUGUGCUAAUGGAGGUGCUCACAAAUAUGAGUCUCAUAGAAAGAAAAGCCUUUUCCAUUGCUUGGCUGAUCUAAAUGAACCUAUUGAAGAUGCAUCCUUGGUGGGAACAGCUUAUUCAUUUUCCUCUCAACAUCUUGGCGUAGAAGCACAACUGGAUGAAAAUCACAGGCCAAAUGGUUCAUUGAGAUCAACCAAUUUAUGGCUGCAGAUUUCAUCGUCCAAAAAUCAGGAUUUUGAUGAAAGUGGUUCCUUACCUGAAAUAAAGAAAGAACCAAGCCAAGUAUGCUCUCAUUUUAUUGUUGAAACAGGGAAAUCUAAAUUCGAUCUGAACAUAGAUUCUGGUAAUGAGAAAUACUCGAUGUCCUUAGAACCAAUACAGAUGAGCCCAAUCAAGGCCAAUGGCAUUCUCUUAGAUGAUCUAAACAAAGCUGAGACAGUAUUUGGUCAGAAGAAACCUAGUUUUUUGGAAAUCCCUAGAGAAGGCUCAGACUGUGCUGUCUCAGCUUCUUUGUUUCCAACAUGGAUGAAGCCAUCAGGUGGUGAGAAGCAGUCAUCUGCUCCACUUCAAACAAUAUCAAGCUUCCACAAAUCAACAACAAUGAAUAAUGUCAUGAUGUUGGACACCGCUACUGAGGACCCAAGUGGUUUUUGUGACAGAUUGCAGUUGUGUAGCGAUUUAAGGUCAAACCAUCUUGAAAAUGGAAAAUUCUCACAUCAAAAUGGAUUUAACCAUGGUUUCCAUCAAGAUUCUCAUUCGGUGUCACAGCUAAGCAUUUCAUAUGGUAAUCUGGACGUCAACUUGAAAGAAAGUGAUUCUUUUGAUAUUCGAAAUGCAGUAACUGCUGCGAAGAAUGAGGCAACGAGUGAAAGGGAUGGCGACUUUGAAGAACUGUCACCAGAACUCCCUUGGCUCAAGAAAAAGCCCAAUUGUAAUGAGUUUCUGAAUCUAGGCAGGUUGUCCUCCGGACAAGAUUUGUGUUUUAGCUCAUCAAGUCUAGGAAAUGAGGGGGAAGUAGAAAUAAAAACAUCGAUUCCUUCAUGUAAAUUGGAAGACUUACCAGCAAAUAUGCAAUGCAUUGAGGAGAAAACACUAAGGAAUGAGGUACCCAGUUGUUCAAGAGAAAAGAGUAAUGGAUUCCCUAUUUUCGAUCAGAUUCAGCCAAAUCUAAAUUUUUUGAAUGAAAAGCAUCAGCAAGUAGAUGAGUUGCAGCAUGAUAGUGUGUUCAGAGACAUAAAUCCACUUAAAAAAGAGUUAUCUGCUGAAAACAGUAAGAGCUUUAGGAAUCAUAUUGAUUUGAACUGCGAGGUAACAUUCGAAGAUGAACCAAAUGUCUCAAAAAUGUCGGAUAAAAGUCCAGUUGGUGUCCCAUCACCAACAUCAGAUACUUCAUCUUCUUCCAAAGCCUUCCCCUUGAUAGACAUGGAUGCACCUGCCAUGCCACUAGAACACAAUAAGACCAAUGAGAUAGAAGCCACUCCGUGUAGCAUAAGAAAUGACUCGCAACAAAAUGGAUUCUCUGAUGAUAUGCUCAUCAAAGAAGCAGCAGAAAACAUGAUCACGCUGUCAGUUGAUAAAUUCAAGCGCUUGGAUGACGAUCAGAGCUGCUUAUCCACUGAACCACCAUGCAAUAACUUGCAUUUGUUUGCCGAUGUGGCCUUGUUAAACGCACACAUGAUAAAUUCAGAUUUAGAAAUGGAUCUUUUUGAGCUGAUGACACUACAGCUUGAAGAGAUGAAACCUGAGGAGGCAUGGUGUACUCCUCAGGAAACCGAAAAUGCAAAGGAGGAUGAGAAGAGUAGGGCCUUGCUGCUCUUUAAAAAGCCUCGAAGAGGGCAAGCUAGAAAGAGGAGGCAAAGAAGAGACUUUCAGAAGGACACACUCCCUGGUCUUGCCACACUAUCAAGGAAAGAAAUGGUUGAAGACCUUCAGUUGAUUGGUGGACUACUGAAAGCAUCUGGAUGUCAUUGGGAAGUGAGUACAGGACGACGUAACGGCAGUCGAAAUGGCACGCCUGCUAAGGCAAAAAGAAGACAAGUGCCAAGAAAAACUUCCAUUGCCAUUACAAAGGAGCAUAACAGGCCUCAACAGACAUUGUUUUUAUUUAGUAAGAAUGCUAAUAACCUUGAGUUUGAAGUUGACAGACCAGGUAUGCUUGGCUGGGGGAGGACAACGAGGCGGUGCCGGAGACAGAGAAGCCAUCCUCCACUAAAUGUCACUACAGCUUUAACUUGAGAGGUAGAGAUUGAUUUCUAUAGUUCUCAUUUCUGUAAAGGGAGGGAAAAUUGGGUCUGUUCAGUUUUCUACAGUGUAAUUCUGAUGGAGUUUUACAAGUUUUCUUGGUCAAUAUUCACUAUUGAGUUGCAUUUUAGUUUACAAACAGCCUGUACAUUUCUAGAAUAAAUGUUAAAUCAGUUUUUAUGAAGUUGAGACUGACAACUCAAUUUAGCUUGUCAUCUUUAAGAUUUCAUUGAGGUUCGUAGGUGGAAAACUCAUGGUUGUUGUGUCUUUUAGCCAUGUUUGUUUAUAGGUUUGUGCGUUCAGGAAAUCAUAUGUAAAUAUUUUGUAGUUGAGAUUUAUGAAGUGUUUAUGAACUUUGAUCAUAUGAGAUUUGCAGAGUAUUUGGUAAAA